CGUGUUUUCCUGAGUGACCUGGUUUGAAAAGCCCACGACUUCAUCUAUAUGCCGCUACAGUUCUUCUGAUGUCGUGUCUCAUUUUUUAGGGAAGGAAAAUAUAAGAUUUCGACCACAUAUUUUAAUUUUCUGGCCGCUCUCCAGGAAAGGGGGCGUAUAUUCCGCAUCCCCAUCCUCCUCCCGAUCGCCUCUGCGUUGUAGGGAGAGACCGGGAGGAGAACCGCAGACCAACAGGCUGGGUGGGCGGGGGGUGGGGGGACUGAGAAAGCCGGACAGUGAAGGGCGAUGGCGGCCGGUGCGGGAUGCGGAGAGUCCGUGGAUCAAUACCGGGCCGAGGUGGAACGGCUAGCCCGGGAGCUGAUCGAAGCGAACGGGGAGAAGAUUCGGGCUGCGGAGUGCGGGCUGGUGGUCCUGGAGGAAAACCAGGCGCUGAAGAACAAGUGUGCCGAACUGGAGAGCGAGCAGGAGGCUCUGAGGAAGGAGUUGGAACAAUUACAAGAGGCAUUCGGCCAAGCGUACAGCAACCAGCGCAAGGUGGCCGAGGACGGCGAGAGCAAUGAGGAGACGUUGCUGCAGGAGUCUGCCUCCAAGGAGGCAUACUACAUGUCUCGUCUUUUGGAGAUGCAGACAGAGCUGACCUUGAGUCGCUCCGCGGCUUCUAACACCCAGUCAGAGAACGAGGGGCUCAACGCGAUCGUGCUGGAUCUGCGAGAAACGAAUGAAAUGCUGGAGCUCCAGAGAAGUAGGAUGAGGGAAGAGAACAAGGAGUAUAAAUUCAGAGAAACGCGGCUGCUUCAGGAUUACACGGAGCUCGAAGAGGAGAACAUCACCUUGCAGAAAUUGGUCUCAACGCUCAAGCAGAGCCAGGUGGAGUAUGAGGGUCUCAAGCAUGAGAUUAAGGUCCUUGAAGAGGAGACUGUUCUGCUCAACAGCCAACUUGAAGACGCUUUACGUCUGAAAGAAAUCUCUGCUGGGCAACUGGAAGAGGCCCUGGAUGCCCUCAAGAGUGAGCGUGAGCAAAAGAACAAUCUGCGAAAAGAGUUGGCCCAUCACCUCAGCCUGAGUGACAGCGUCUACGGCGUGGGCACCCACAUUGCCCUCACUGUCACUGGCGUCGAAGGCCUCAAGUUCCCGGAGGAGGUCAACGGCAGCGCCGGCGCCAACAGCAGCAACGGCAGCGUUCUUGUCGCUGUCAAUGGCAACAGUGAUGACUGUUGUCGGCACAACGGUCACCUUCAUGCAGGCGCCAUGUUGGCCAAAAUGAAUGGAGACUACCGUGCGGGCAGAAAGAGCGAGGGUACGCACCCGGUACCUGACCUGUUUAGUGAGCUCAACCUGUCGGAGAUGCAGAAGCUCAAACAGCAGCUCAUACAGGUAGAGCGUGAGAAAGCGGCACUGCUCAUGAACCUGCAGGAGUCCCAGACCCAGCUGCAACACACACAAGGCGCACUAACCGACCAGAGUGAGCGAGUCCAUCGCCUCACGGAGCGCGUCAACGCCAUGAAGCAUCUUAAUGGUGGCAAAGGGCUGGAUGACCCUCAAGACAGUGACAAACCUGCCGACGGCACAAUGUCACCUCAAGCUAAUGGUCACUGCGACGUGGACAUAAAUGGGUUUGAGGUCCUGGAGUGUAAAUACAAGGUGGCGGUGACAGAGGUGAUCAACCUGAAAACAGAGCUGAAGGCCUUGAAGGAGAAGUACAGCCAGGCUGCAGAGGGGCAAGCAGAUGCUCACAGUGACGACAGAAUACGCGCACUGGGCGAACAGGUAACCCAUUUGGAGAACAGUUUACGAGAAGGCCGUGAGAGGGCGGUGAGCUUGGAGGCGGAGCUACGUGCUGCUCUGAGCACUGCCGCAGAGAGUCAACUCCUUCUGAACACUGCACAGGACGAGCUGGUGACCUUCAGCGAGGAGCUUGCACAGCUCUACCACCAUGUGUGCCUGUGCAAUAAUGAGACACCCAACCGCGUCAUGCUCGACUAUUACCGGCAGAGUAGAGUCACACGCAACGGCAGCCUCAAAGGCUCUGAAGACCCCCGGGCUUUACUUUCACCCCGCCUGGCUCGACGCCUGGCUGCGAUUUCGGCACCCUGUUCUUCCGAGGCUCAGCGAAGUCCCAUGGACUCCCCGUCCAAAGAUUCCCAACACAGUGACACAACAACCAAUGCAGCGGACUCUCCCAUCCACCACGGUAGCCCCACUCGCAACACCACCAGCUCUCCUGGGACCAGCAUGUCCCCUUGCCCAUCACCGGUGCCCUCCGAGGCAGGGGGAGACCUGCGGAAGGAGCCCAUGAAUAUCUACAACUUGAACGCCAUUAUUAGAGACCAGAUCAAGCACCUGCAGAGGGCUGUUGACCGCUCCCUGCAGCUGUCCAGGCAGAGGGCUGCAGCCAGAGAGCUUGCACCCACGCUCGAUAAAGACAAGGAAUUGUGUCUGGAGGAAAUUCUGAAGCUCAAGUCGCUUCUCAGUACCAAAAGAGAGCAGAUAGCCACACUCAGACUGGUUUUGAAGGCCAACAAACAGACAGCAGAGGUAGCACUGGCCAAUCUGAAGAGCAAGUAUGAAAAUGAAAAGGCGAUGGUGACAGAGACGAUGAUGAAGCUGAGGAACGAGCUGAAGGCCCUCAAAGAAGACGCCGCCACCUUCUCCUCCCUCAGAGCAAUGUUUGCUACCAGAUGUGAUGAAUAUGUUACCCAGCUAGAUGAGAUGCAGAGACAACUUGCAGCAGCGGAGGAUGAAAAGAAGACAUUAAACUCUCUCCUCCGUAUGGCCAUCCAGCAGAAACUGGCCUUGACCCAACGGCUGGAAGAUCUGGAGUUUGACCAUGAGCAGAUCCAUCGUGGUCGCGGCGCUAAAGUGCCCAAGAUAAAAAGCAGCCCACCAAAAUUUCUUGUAGAUUGUCAGCAGCCUGCUGCCUCAAUAUCGUCACUCCCCACACAGCUAAGUCCUAAAUUUCGUGCUGACCUUCAAGAACACAAAACAGUUUUGUCCAGCGGUAGGAGUCGUCUUUUCUCCUCUUUUGACCUUCGUGACUGCCUGACCCACCAUCCCAAGCCACCCGGCACCUAGCCCAGUAAAUGUCGGCUGUCGACUAGGAGCGGUGUUCCUAUGCAGCUCCUUGAAGCCCUACGAAGAUGUCACUGGAUGUUUUGACCCAGAGGUGCUUUCCUGGCCCGCUGAUUCCCUGUGUCACAAGAGACAGGUGCACACAGAUGAGACAAAUCACAUGACUCUUUGCCCCUAUUCGUAUGCAUUCUUAAUAAUGAUGAAUAAUGGUGAUGAUUUAUUUAUUAGAUAUUUAUUCAUAUUGAAAUGGCGUUUUUCUCUUGGCUGGUCAUUCCUCAACUGUGACUGAAUAUUAAAACAAACCCAAAGAACACAGUAUUAAAAGGGAGAUUUUAUCAGUGUUAAAGAAUUUCUUGUGGUGGUCAUGGUGGAAAUUAUAGGAUCAUCCUAACCUCACUAGUCUUUCUUUGGAUGCGUGCGUUUUUAUGCAGUUUUUUUUUUUUUGCAAACAUGAGAUUUUUAUUGCUAGGUUUCUUUUAUUUUAGAGCAGCGUCAAGGGAUGUUACUAUAUCCGUGCUUGGCUCAGUUCUCUUCAGACUGAGUGAGAUGAGUAUGUUUUGAGAUCAGGGCUGCUGGCCUGAGAUUUUGCCUUUUGAGUUGCACAGGUUCAAGUGACCAUGUGGGGACCAGACUGCUUCCUUUAAAAAAAAAAAUGUCAACAGUAAUUUAACAAAGUGUGCCUCUUGACUGUCACCAUUAUUUUUUUUCAUGUCUAACUUAAAACAAGUAAUGUGUCUUCUGAGAGGUCCUCUUGUGUUUUAUGUAGUAAUUAGGGUUACAAAAUCAAUUUAUUAUUUUUUUGUGUGAAAGAAAUGACCUGAAAUAUUCCAAGUUUUACACAGAGUAGUUAUUGGGAAUAUAUGGACAUUAAUUUAAAUUUUGACACAAAUUGUAUCAUGAACUUGAAGAUGAAUUGUCCUCAUUUGCCCUCUUGUAACACAUUGUGAUGAUGAUGAUGGCAAAUUAUCUUUGUUGAAAUGCUUCCUUCAUACAGUAUGCAGUACUGUCCAAGCACAACUGAGCACUAUGCAUCACAGCAAUAUAAAGUACAGUCAAACCCAUCACAAACUCUCUACCUGCAGUAAAACUAUGGUUCCUACUUCCUUCAUCGUGAAGACACUUAAGAGUAGGUUGAAAAGGUUGUUUAAGAAGAAAGUUAUUUCUCACAGUGACAACACCAAACAUAACAGUUCCAAUCUGACAACUGACUGGGAUUGGUUGUCUUUUUAACGUGAGUCCUUGUUUUUAUUAUUUUUGGAACCUCAUGCUUGUUGAGCAUUGAUGUGUCUGAUAUGUCCACUCAAUGCUGAUGUUCUAAUGGGAUACGAAUGAUACAGUUGAACGAAAGCCAGUACAACGUUUGAACAUGCAUCCCCGAACGGACUGUUUGUUUCUUGUUGUAUCUGUGCAUUUCGGAAUAUCUGUACUCCUGCUGGUUCACUUGUGAGCACCGUGUCUUGAUCUGUUUGCACAAUAUAGCAGGCCAGAAGGAGAGAGACUAAAAAUGGUAAACCUGGUUUUAGAAUAAAAAUAGCUGAAUGCUGAAGCUACAA